CCUAUUGCGAGUUCAGUCGAAGCGUGCCGCGCGCGACCGUUGUACAGUUUUACCAGUUUCCCGCUAUUUGGAAGUUAUGCUCUUCGUAAUACUCCUAUCGCUCGCGGCAGUAAGCGCCAUGCCGUCGUACAUAGCGGUGCCGGCAGAUCAGAUCGCGUUCGUAGACCUGACAGUAAUGCGGGCACGACGCCUGCCCCGACAGACUCUAGAGCCUCCAUUGCCUCAAGCCCUGUACCAGGAAGACUACCAGCCAAUACCCGUUCAGAGAUAUCAACAACAACCAAUAGGUCUUGUACCACCUCAACCUGAAGCUCCAGCAAGGCUACUCCAAAUCCAGCAACAAGAAAAGGAUUCAGCACCCGCGCCUAUCGCCCAACCGUCACAUUACGCGGAAAGGCCCCCAGAUUUCGGUGAAUAUGUCGACUUCGGCGCCCACACUGGUGAUAACGGGGCCUUCGGUUGGUAUGCUGAUUAUCCCGUCAACAAUCAUGAGGAAUCAGGAUAUGGAAAGUAAAUUAGACAUUGAGAGGGUAGAUAAACAAAAUAAGAACAAGAUGGCGGAUUAUCACGUGGUCUAAGAUUCCAAUUUUUAGCUACCCUCAUUUUAAUUACGAAAGCACAAACUUGCCUAAUUAGCCUCUAGGAUUAUAAAAUAACUGUUGAAUUAUUAAGUUACCAAAGACAGUAUUGUUUCAGUGAUAUUAGUAGAAUAGAGUUAGCGAAUUACCGCACAUUUGUUUUAGACGGUGAAUUACGCUGUUUUUUUGCACUAUUUU